AUGGGUAACUGUAUAGCUAGAGUUUGCCGCCGUAGGAGAUUGCGGCGUCAUAUAGUGUUAAUUUUAAUCGGAUUAGACAACGCUGGUAAAACGAAAACUGUGAACAACUUGGCUGGGGAGAAAGACGAUAAAGUUUUACCUACAGUUGGGUUCAAGGCUGUAAACUUAGUGCAUAAGGAUACACCCGUGACGAUAUUCGACCUUGGAGGAGGGCCAGAGUUCCGAGCAAUAUGGCCACAGUACUACAGCGAAGUCCAUGGGGUAAUUUUUGUAAUUGAUUCGAGCGAUUUUUCACGCUUGGAUGAAUGCAGAACGGUGCUCUCGGAGGUGUUAUCACAUGACAAGAUAUCGGGUAAACCGAUAUUAGUGUUAGCCAAUAAACAGGACAAGACUGGCGCUCUUGAUGACAUUGACGUCGUUGAGAAACUAAACAUUGAACCUUUGGUUAACAGGUACCGCUGCCCCACCCUCGUAGAAUCAUACUCAGCUCAAAUGGAAAAUCCUGUUAAGAAGUCCAAAAUAGAUCCUGGUCUUCGCAAAGGCUACCAUUGGUUGCUCAACUACAUCUGCAAGCGUUACGGAGAUAUAAACUUACGCGUGCAGACAGACAAAUACGCAGAGAUGGAGCGCCGUAAGAGAAUGUUAAAUAAGGCUUCUAACAGGGCCUCCCAAACGUUCACAGCUGUAAGCGACGAUAUAGCCACGCAGACUGGUUUUGAAAACCCUAAUUACGAACUGCCAGAUCGCGAGAAAGACCUAGACCAUGGCCUUAUUGUAGUAAAACCUAUGCGUAACCACGUGAAUAGUGUUGACACCACACUAACCAUAGAAAGCGACACUGACAACACUAGUAACGCAAAACCAAAGCUAUCUCCUCUAUUUGGUCAUAGUAAUAGUUCUGCAACAGAAACUGUGAGAAUAGAAUUAGAGCCUAGAAGCGAGUUUAGGAAAUUGUCACCACUUGUCAAGAAACAACAUAUUGACUUUCACAAUCGACCACAGUCGAGUCCCAGCCCUAAUGUGAAGAAGCAUAUUAAGAAGGAACCACUAAGUAAGGAUGCCUCUGUCCAGGAGUACGAUCAAGAUAUCAAAGCCGACGGCGACCUGACGAUGUAUUUAGGUGACGGAAAUAGAACCUGGGACCAAACGGAGGAGAAUAAACACCGUGUGCUCGUCAAAGACGUUGAGCUUUCUCAACUGCACCGGGAGAUUGUACUGACUGAGCGAGCCGAUUGUGGCAACAAAACGGCAUCGUCAGACGUGAACUUACAAGCAUCCACUCUGCCGCUGAGUGGCCGGCCGGCGUCCGCGUCGCAACUCGUCCGCCGCCAGCUGGAACUGGCCCCGCAGCCACACAAGCGCCGUUUGAGUCUACGUUACAUGCAACGCAACAAAACCAGUCCGGAGCGGCCGUCCAUGUUGGUGUAUGAGCCGGGCAAGCAGAGACAGCUGGACAAGGGAGACUUUGAACUACGCACCACUAUCAACUAAUGCAGAUACAACGUGGAAAUUGAAGAAUUUAAAAAUAAUUGAUUAAUUUUAAAGGUGAAAUUAUUGGUGACUCUACCCAUCAAUAAAAAGCUAUUCCUUCUCUCCCUUCUGACAAAGCAAAAAGAUUAUCAGCUUUUAGAACAUAAUACAAAAAGUAAGAGUGAGAAAAAAUAAAUAUAAACUUAAAAUUUAAAACAAAAUUUUACAAAUAUUUCUGAGU